UACGACGAGCACCUGACGCAGCUGGAGAAUGACAUCUGCCACGCCCAGGAGGCGGCCAUCGCUGCCGCCAUGCAGGACGAGGAUCAGGACGGCAGCAACCUGCCCUCCAACCCUAACAGUCCACAGCCUGGUGAUGGAGAUAUGGAGGAGGACAGUCUGAUGGACAACACCACCACGGCUCACGAUGAGAGCUGGGAGAGCGCCCCGCCCAUGGAGCCGCAGCCCGGCCCGUCACGGGAGUCAGUUGGAGACUCAGACUUCAUCGACGUGGUGGGAGACGAGGAAGCCAUGGUGACGGACCGGUCCAAGCGUGUGAGGGGGGAGGAGGGUACAGGUAAGCAGGGGGACAGUUGAUGGAGGACCUGCUGGUGUCAGAGAGUGAGAGUGACGCGGAGAGCGACCUUCCCUACACCAGACAGGACAGCGACCUCUCCGACUACUAUGAUCAAGGAGACAAUGGUAGCAGCCGGCCUGUGUCUGCUGCCUUUGACAGCUACCAGAAUGAGGACUCCAACUUUGACUACAGCUAUGAUGUGGAAGAUGAAGACAGCCGUCUCCCUGAUGAAGACUCGAACCUCCCGACCGACCUGAACCUGUCUGAAGAUGACGAUGAGGAAGACUCUCGUUACGCGGAUGACAACGCCCAGUUCCCUGACAUCAGCAACCCGUACUUCCCGCAGCAGCAGCCACUAGCACAGCGCUCGCUGCAGUUCAGCGACCAGUUCUUUGAGGAGGUGAACCAGGCGGCCGGAGGGGAUUCCCUGCAGGCAGCGGAGGGGCUGGACACCAGGGACCUGGUCGCUCAGGCCAUGGCGGAAAUCGACAACAAAGAAAGUGACGGAGAAGACUUUGUGUCUGUGGGAGGAGAUCUUAGUGAGGAGAGCUCAGAUCCAGAUGUGUAACAAUGUACCAGAUUGAUGUUCAGAUGAGAGAAGUGUCCAUCAUUAUCAAACUCUUAUAUAGAAACCAGUAGAAACAUAUAGCAACAGCUAACGGCUGCUAACCCAUUGAAGUAUUGUUUUCUCGUGAAAAGAACAAAGUAAAUAAUUAACCCACACCACGGUGUUUUGGUGUUAAACUUGACACAAAACUGUUUAAAAUGCUUUUUGUAUAGAAAAGAGAAGUAAGACAUGGAUUUUUCUUUGUUACCAAAUGUAAAGCUUGUACAGGAAAAUAGAAUGCCAGAUAUAACUGAAAUAUAAAGAUGCAUCUUUCGGAUGGAAAUUUCAAGCAUAUGGAAGAAGGCAUAAGACUGUACCUGUACAUAAAUACUUUUGUUACUCUGUGAAGAAGGUAUACCUCCUGGUGGAGUAUCGUGGGUAGACGGUUUUUCGUCUUCAAAGUCAAAACACUGGGUUCCCUUUGUUUAAUCGGCAUGCAAUUUCAUACGUCAUCUGCAGGCAUGCCCGUGUCGAUGCACGUGUCUUUUAUUUUUACCGUUGCUGUUUUUGCCGUCAAUGUAAUAUUUACAAUGCACCCCUACAUUUAUGAAGCAAAUUGGAAUGGUCCAGAAAACCCGUUGUUUUGAAUGGGGGGGGGGUGGCUUCAGGCAGAUAUGGGGAGGGGUCGAUAAGUAGUACCAGAUGUUUCGGCCCUUGUAUAAGAUAUGGGGCCAUUUUUGGAAGAUGUUCACAGUAAAAACGCAUUGUUCU